CUGGCUAUAUUCUCACCAUAGCAAUGCACUUCACAACCCUGGUUGCUGCGGUGUGUGCUACAGUCUGUGGAGCCUAUUCACAGUCCAUCGUGUUUGAUGACACUCCUGGAAUGGGGCGCCAGUUUGAUGGAAUAGGGGGUCUAAGCGCAGGUGCUUCAUCUAAGCUACUUGUCAACUAUCCACAAGAACAACGUGACCAGAUUCUUGAUUAUCUAUUCAAGCCAAAUUUUGGAGCUUCUCUUCACAUUCUUAAAGUAGAAAUUGGAGGAGAUGUCCAGAGUACUGAUGGCACCGAGGCAUCCCAUAUGCACAACAGUUGGGAGGAAAAUUACCAGAGAGGCUAUGAAUGGUGGCUCAUGAAAGAAGCCAAAAAGAGAAAUCCCAACAUUAAACUCUAUGGCUUACCUUGGGGUUUUCCGGGCUGGAUUGGACAAGGUACCCAAUCCCCGUAUGUCAACAUCAGUAUGACAGCCGACUACAUUGUCAGGUGGAUCAAUGGUGCUAAAGUGUACCAUAAUUUAACCAUUGAUUACGUCGGGAUCUGGAACGAACGGACAUAUGAUAUCGGUUACAUAAAGGCACUACGCGCGACCUUGGAUUCACGAGGAUUCCAAAACACACUUGUUAUUGCUGCUGAUGAAAAGUGGGAGAUUGCAAGUGACAUUCAGGCAGAUCCUGCACUGGCCAAAAUAGUACAUGCUAUUGGGUGUCACUACCCAGGCACUCUUUCUGAUCCGGAUGCUGUAAACACAGGGAAACAAUUGUGGGCCUCGGAAGAUUAUAGCUCUUUCAAUGAUGACGUUGGAGGAGGAUGCUGGGCGCGGAUUCUAAAUCAGAAUUAUGUCAAUGGCUUGAUGACAGCCACCAUUUCAUGGAGCUUGAUAGCCAGCUACUACGACAACUUGCCGUUCUAUGGGGAUGGUUUGAUGACAGCUGUUGAACCAUGGUCAGGCAACUAUGUCGUGGAGACACCCAUCUGGGUUUCAGCACAUACAACCCAGUUUGCUUUUAUUGGCUGGAACUAUCUCAAGCAUGACUCCGGAGUUGGGAAACUGCCAAAGGGAGGUUCUUACGUGGGUCUUGUCAAUCCAACAGGGACAGAACUUACCAUUGUCAUUGAAACUAUGACCCAUAAUCAUUCACUGUGUGUUCGACCACCACUGCCAGCCUACAACGUUGAACCCCAGGUUGUUACUGUUUCAUUGGCAGGAAAAUUCUCCAGCAUCACCGAAAUGAAUGUUUGGUACAGCAAACUCAGAUUUGAUGGUGCCAAGGACACCUUGUUUGAGAAAAGGGACCCAAUUAAAUUUGUCAAUGGCAAGGCACAACUGAGCCUGGGCUUGGAUGAGGUCAUCACGCUCACGACUAUGACCACUGGUCAGAAGGGUGCUUAUCCUGAGCCUCCUCCUUCUCAGCCCUUCCCCCUCCCUUACACAGAGGACUUUGAAAGCUUCUCACUGUAUGAAGAACCCUUCAAUCUUGCCCAACAAAGUGGAGCAUAUGAAAUCCUUUCUACAAAUAACAACAAGUUCGCCCGGCAAAUGACAAUAAUGGAGCCAAUUCUCUGGAGCAAAUUCGGGGGAGUCUGUAAAACUGUCAAUGUCAUUGGCAGUACUGACUGGACUGACAUCUAUGUGGCAGUAGACUUCCAACUGCCUGUUAUAAACGGGUCACUCGGUGCCUUUGUGGCUGCACGGGUGGACCGGGGAGGUGUUGAGGCCUUUGCAGCUCAUGGAAUCUUCUUGUUUGUCUUCCCGGAUAGGUACAUUGUGACUAACGACUUUGCCCGUACAAAAACCCUCAAGAACGGGUCUCUGGUCUUCGAGACAGGAGAGUGGCACAGACUGGGUCUGCUGGUUCAGGAUGGCAACGUUCAGGGAAGCUUUGAUAAGAAAAUUCUGUUCAACAUGCCUGUCCCAGCUCUGCCCGUGAGUGGUUUUGCCGCUAUCGGCACAGACACAUUUGGACUGGCAGAUUUCGAUAACCUACAGCUGACUGGACCUUCCGAAGGGAGCAAGAUAAUGUCGAAGCAUUUACACUCCAAGUCUUUGUACUUUGAGAAAGAACAUCACUAAUGGAUUUCAGUAACCACAUCCUGAGACCUACUUCCUAUAGUGCACUUCCAUACUACCAGCUAUAACUUUGUUUUUACGGACAUGCAGCUCAAUCAGCUUAUAUAAAUAAAGAGAGAGAGAGAGAGAGAGAGAGAGAGAGAGAGAGAGAG